AGAUAAUAGUUGUCUUCGUUGAUGGAAGCGUCACGUAAGCGGGAUAAGUGACAUCCAGUUUCAUGUGCCUGUCGCUUGUUUCGCUCUUUUAUCGGCGGUAAAUAUUAAUCGUAUUCCUACACGUAAUUCAACUAGAUCUCGAUCGAUGUUCAAAUUGUUUGAAAAAGACGAAUUAACUAAUUCAUUUACAGAUUAUGAGUGUAGUUGUAUUAAAUUAUUUAAUAUUGUUUGUGAAAAUGCAUUGUGUAAAUAUCGAUAACGUGAAACGCAGAGUCGUUUGAAGAGGUAAAUCUGUCCCAAGGAAAGUACAUACACAAGUUUAUCAUUUUGCUGAGAAGGAGAAACUUGAGAAAACAAACGAUCGUUAGUGUAUUUAGUGCUUCCAAUAAUUCAGUACACAAUUUUAUUCGUGCCUGCUUUAAAUAAAUGAAUGAAAUAUAUUUUCAUGCAUUAAAAAUGAGGAAGAAUUUAUGAGAAAAAAUGGUGAUGGUAAAAAAUAAUACAUAUUAAAAUAUAACUAAACUAUUAAAUAAAAUAUUUUGAUAUAUUUAUUUUAUAAUUGAGAAAAAUUAAAAGUGAAUGUUGGUUGUGAAAAAAUAUAUAAGUGAUGGAAUCUGAAUACUUGGAAAUUUCUUGGAAAACAAAAAUACAACAAAUACGAAAACGAAUUCGUGUUUUAUUUAGGGACACGUUAAAAAAAUAUAGAUCAAAGAGAAAGGGUUAUACCAGAUUUCUCACGGAUGAUGAAAAGAGGUGGCUUAUCAUUGCCGAAUAUGACUUGUCCAACCGGCUUGGAAUACCUUACAGUCCUUGAUUAUUUAGGUAUACGGCUGAAAAAUACAAUAGAAGUCGACCAUUUUUGGGAUGCUAAAAAUGAAUUCUUCGUGUUGAAUAUCAGAGGAGAGACAAUAUUUAAUGUUAUGGAACAAUCAGAUUGGUGGGGACGUUUAUGUUUGGGUGCUUCUCGUACUUGUGAAUUUCAUGUGACUGAUACUUACGGAAGAGAAGUUCUGCGUAUGGUUCAACCUUUUACUUGUUCAUUUCAGAAGUUACAAGUGUAUUCUGAAGAUAUAUUACUCGGUUCUGUUUCACAAAAUUGUUUCUUUCUAAGGCCAACAUUUUCUAUUAAUGAUUCGACUGGGAAAACUGUUUUAAAAUUAAAAGGACCAAGGUUUCCAAGUUGUAAUAACAUAAUAGUAUAUAAGAUAAAAUCUGCAGAUGAUAAACAUAAAGUUGGACAAAUUAAAAUAACAUUUAAAAUGCUAAAUUAUUUCGUUCCUUUUACCGACAUAACUACUGGUGAUUUCAAUAUAAAUUUUCCUUUAGAUUUAGAUGUUAAAAUUAAAAGUGUUCUUCUUGGUGCUUGUUUUUUACUCGAUUUAUUUUAUAAACGAAGAAGACAAAGUAUUUUGCUAUAAAAUAAAAUAUUACAAUGAAAGAAAUAUUUAUACCAAAAUGUACAAUAUCGUUAACGAUUUUGAUUUAUAAAUAUUAUUGAUUUGAUAUUUUUGUAUUUUAGUAAAUAAUUUGAAGUACGAAUAUUAUUCAUUAUUCAAAGUAUAUUUAAUAGUGUGAGAUUUCGCGAGUUGUGUGAGAUUUAUCUUUUGAGAUUUCUAUUAAAAGACUAAAUAAGUUAUUCAAUUCCUAAAUUUUUAAUUAACUUUACAAUUCUAUAUAAUAUUAUUAUAUAAAAAUCACUUAUUAUAAAUACUAUUAUAUUUACAAAAUAAAAUUAAUUUUUUUCAAAAAUAUGCAGUUCCUGUUAUAUUUUCAAAAGAGGUAAAGUUAAAGAAAAAAAUAGUAUAUUAUUACGUAUGUCUUUUUAUUCGUGUUUUAAACUCACAUUUUCAUACAUCUGAUAGUGAAACUGUCUCAGCUGCAGCAUUUAGUAUGCUAUAUUCGUCGCAGAUGUUCUUGGUUUUAGUAAAAAACGAGAAUGGAAAAACAACAUGCGUGUAACAUCCUUUCCUACAUACGUUAGAAUACUGCUGCUGGGAUGUUGCAGACAUUGCACUUGUUGCAUUUUUUUUUAACACAUCAAAGACCGGAUUUGUAAACUAGAUUUAGAUUUCAAAAUGAAAGAGUCAAAAGUUCUUUGUUAUAAUUCAGAAUUUCUCAAUAUUCAAAAAUUAUUUUUGUCAUUAAAUUUCAUAAUAUUUAUUUAAAAACAUAAAAUUUAUAUAGAUUUUGUUACUUAGCAAGAAUUCUUUUAUUUUUACAGAAUAUAACUUUAUUUCAAAAGAUAAUAUAAUCGUUAAAUCAACGUUUCCAUAAAAGUUUUGAAGGAUACCAAGACGAUAACAAUUUAAAUAUUGAAUAAUAUUAAAUACUGAUAGAAAUAUUCUUUGAAAAAUGAUUCUUUUUUGUUUAUAUAAACUUGUUUUCUAUAUUUAUUAUUAUUAAAUGAUACUUCGAUUUAUUUUGACAUGAACAAAAAAUCUGUUCAUGAUUGUAAAAAAAUUAAGUAGAAUUGAAAUCGAUUUUUUUCUGCGAAACAUCGUACAAAAUUCAAAACAUCCUCAACAGCGGAAAACAUCGCAAUUCGUUCAAUCAAUGCAAAUUUUUAUAUAAUGAUUAAUUCAUCUUUGCCUCGUAGUUAGAUAUUAUUACAAAUGUUGAAGAAUUUUUACGAAAUAAUACGUGUAGAUAUAAGGAUAUUUCCGGUAAAUAAAAAAAAAAAAAAAAAAAAAAAGAA